AUGAAUGAAUCAACCUUCGAUCCUCUCCUCCUUCGCAAAAUUACGCAGUGGCAUCAAGAGGUGGUGAUCUACACGGACAAUCAAGAUUCAAGUCCCGUCCGCGCUGCUAACGUCUACGCCCACAACGAAACGCCACCUCGCCGCUCAGCUAGAGUCAAUGCACUCCGGGAGAUUUCUCAAAAUAAAGCAGGCAGGAAGAGGAAAAACUCAAUGGAUGCACAUCGAGAUCACGCUGUAGACGGUGAGGAAGAGUCAUCACAUCCUGCAAAACGGGGCCCAGGCCGUCCACGGGGCAGCACCUCGCAAAAACGAACUGCGCACGGUAGAGCCCAGUCAACGAAAGUGCCAGGUCAGGCAACCGUCAUUUUUCCCAAUGACUCAGCCUCGGACCUCCGACCUCCUUCGCCAGUCAAGAAAGAACGAGGCAUCAAGACGAUCGACCAAGAAGUCAGCGAUGCAGCUAUUACUAUGGAGUAUCUCAAAUGCUGCAAUCCCUCCGUCAUGGUUUUCGACAUGCAAGAGGCGAUCUCGGCCGGUACCCAAUUUCCAGAAUCUAUCUCUAGACUUUACAGGAAGCUCUACUCCGUUCCAAAGGGUCUUAUCCCUCGAGGUCUCAAAGACGAAUACGUUGCAGAAGCGAACACUCGCAACAAAUCCCGAAGUCCUCUCGAGAACAGCGACUUUCUCCCUGCCGACAAGAUGAAGUAUCCACUGGCAAGAUUAGCUGAGUUGAAAGCGAAGGUUGAGAUCGUACGAGUCAAAGCAAGGCGCAAUGAACUUCGAAGAGCUAUUGAACGGCAAUGGGGUGCCAUAGCCCAUGAGCUAUUUUGUGAAGCAGAGCGCUUUGUCGAAGGGGUUGAAGUUCUGAAUAUUGAGAAUUGUUCCAUAGAGCCUGUAGAGAUGCGACCUAUCCGCCCUAAUGGACAGAUCUUUACUGAUUACGAUGUGGAGGGCCAGAGUCUUGUCACCAAGAGUUCCGUCGAUACAAAUGGAGAGCUCAAGAGUAUGGGCAAAAUGAUCGACUGGAUGCUUGGGCUCGUACUCAAGUCUGACGAGCAUGCCCUCCUCCAAAGAGCAUACAGAAACCUUAGAGAUCACAAAGCGCGGGCCAUAAGUCAAUCACUUUCUUACAUAAAAGAUUGUCCUGCGAUCUGCGAUAUUGAGAUCAAAAAAGAACAAGACCCGCGUGACCCCCUAGUCCAAUCGGCAAUCUGGGCCUCCGCAGCCCUCAAAAAGAAGAAGUCUUUCGAAUGGGAUACCACGCUUCCAAUGCCCGCGAUCCUAAUCGAUGGGCACGAAUGGCGAUGGUGUCUCUUCUUUGCUGGUCCACCCAAGGAGGACAUUCUGUACUAUGCUGGCCCGUUCGUCUUUGGACACACUCGAGAUAGGGACGGCAUCUGGGCUAUUUUGUAUCGACUUCAAGUUUUGGUCGAAUGGGGUGUCACUGAUUACCGCACCUGGUUCGACAAGACCAUCUUGGGAUGGGCACGGGAAACCAGCAAGCAAGGCCAAGCAGGAGGAGCUGAGCAGGGGUCUUGGGAAAAGAGUGUGCCAGGCAUUGGUGGUAAGUAG